GUCCCCGACGCGCUCGCAUCGGGUGCCUCGUGAAUAUUCCGCCACCGCCGCUGCGCUGAUCCAGCAGCUAGCUGCAGCGGGUUGCUACUGCCAAAUUUACAGUGAGGCGACCGUUGCCUCCAACCUGCGCCCACACGCGGCGGAGAGAGAGACGGCGACCGGAGCUCUAGCUACUCGCCGCCUCGCCUGCAUUUGGAGGCGAUCUGAGGAGGAGGAGGACGACGACGACGUGUAAAAGGUUUGAUCUUUGGGAGGAGGCUGGAUUCGGGUUCGGAUUUCUUGGCUGGUUCCAGUGCCGAAAGGAGAGGUUUUGCUGCGUUUUUUGGGGUGUUCGCGGCAGAUUUGACCCGGGGAAACAACUGCUUUUUUUUUUUCCCUUUGUUCUCGACGCGGAUUAGAGUUGGUCAAAAAAGUCCAACAAACGUGAGGGGGAGAAUUCUGAGCUUCUGAUGCUUUGAUUUGGUUUGGAUCCGAAGGGUCUUGGUUGGCUGCGUGGUAAGGGGGAGAAGGCGACCGGCUGUCCAACCCCCAUCUGCUGCAAAAAUUCUGCGUUGCUGGAUCGAAGAGAGCUUUAGUUCUUGGAGUUAGCGCAGCAAAGAGGUAGUUGGAGUCGUCAAAUUCUGCGUUGCUGCAAAAAUUUGGCCUUUUUGGCCCCGCGGCUAGCAGGAGGAGGAGGAGGAGGAGGAGGAAGAAGAAGAUGGGGGUGAUGUCGCGGCGGGUGCUGCCCGCCUGCAGCAGCCUCUGCUACUUCUGCCCCUCGCUGCGGGCGCGCUCCCGUCAGCCCGUCAAGCGGUACAAGAAGAUCAUCUCAGAGAUCUACCAGCUUCCACCGGAUGGUGAGCCGAAUGAUAGGAGGAUCGGAAAACUCUGCGAUUAUGUCUCGAGAAAUCCGACGCGGAUACCUAAGAUCACAGAGUUCCUUGAGCAGAGGUUCUACAAAGAACUGAGACAUGAGAAUUUCAUCUUGGCCAAAGUUGUUCCAUGUAUAUACAGGAAACUUCUGUGUUCAUGCAAGGACCAUAUACCAUUGCUGGCCACUAGCACAUUGAGCGUUGUUCGUACUCUUCUCGACCAGAGAAUGAGUGAUGAUUUGCGGGUGCUGGGUUGUCUAAUGCUUGUUGACUUCCUCAACGGCCAGGUUGACAGCACACAUAUGUUUAAUCUGGAAGGCCUUAUACCAAAACUUUGCCAAAUUAAUCAAGAACUAAGGGAAGAUGACAAAGGGUUCCGUCUCCGAUGUGCUGCACUUCAGGCUCUUGCUUCUAUGGUCCAAUACAUGGGUGACCACUCACACAUUUCCAUGGAGCUUGAUGAAGUUGUCUCCGUGAUAGUAAGUUGUUAUGAGGUUAACCAAACUCUCUCAAUAAAAGAGGUUGUCAGACUUCAGGAUGACGACGACUUGGUAAUCAAUGGAAGUCUGAAUGGAUUGCCAGUAUCUGGGCAAAAUAGUGCCAAAGUGGCAUCUGAUACAAUGUCUGCAUCUGAAAAUCCAGCACAUUGGGCAAGAGUUUGCUUACGUAAUAUGGCUAGUAUCGCAAAGGAGGCAACAACAGUGCGGCGUGUUCUUGAUCCUCUUUUCCGCCUUUUUGAUAGCCACAACUAUUGGUCUCCUGAAAAUGGGAUCGCAUUUUCUAUUCUACAAGAAAUGCAGACACUGAUGGACAAAUCAGGGCAAAAUGGCCAUUUGCUUUUAUCUUUUACUAUAAAGCACAUAGACCAUAAGAGUGUUGCCAAGAAGCCUACCAAGCAAAUAAGCAUUCUAAAGGUUGCUUCGCUUCUUGCAAAACAUGCAAAGUUGAAGGUGUCAGUGACAAUAGCAAGUGCAACCAGUGACUUAAUAAAGCACUUACGCAAAUGUAUGCAUUGUGCUGUUGAAACACCAAAUGCUCAAAAUGAUGUUGACAAGUGGAACAGUGCACUUUAUGUGGCCUUGGAGGAGUGCUUGGUGCAAUUAACUGAGAAGGUUGGUGAUGUUGGGCCUGUUCUUGACAUGGUGGGGGUAAUGCUUGAGAAUCUCUCUUGUACUGCCACCAUUGCCAGAACAACAAUUUCAUCUGUUUUUCGCACAGUGCAAAUAGCAGCUUCAAUCCACAAGUCAUUGUACAAUCAAAAGGCCUUUCCUGAAGCUUUGUUUCACCAGCUUCUCUUAGCAAUGAUGCACCCAGACAAAAAGACAAGGGUUGGUUCACAUCGUGUCCUAUCGACCAUUAUUGCACCUUCACUUCUAUGCCCAUGGUCGGGCAUAAGUUUUCCUAUCCCAGUGAAGGGCAAUGAUUCACAGAGCAUCACUCUGUUGGCUCUUUCUGCCUUUUCUUCUGAGAACAUAAUGGAUGGAGUCCGAACCAAAAGCAGGAUCCAUGAACCAUUGCAGAAUAAUGUAAAAUCCGAAACUGUAGUUAGCUCUGAGAAUGGAUACACAUAUACAGAACCAAAUACAAGGAAUAACCCUGAGGGGAGUCCAUGUCUGAACGAGUACCGUUUUACGUCAUUUAAAGAUGAAAACCUUAAGUUUAUGAAGCUGAACAGUAACCAACUUGUUCUCCUACUUUCAUCAAUUUGGAGUCAAGCACCUCUAGAAGAUAACUCGCCAGCAAAUUAUGAAGCAAUGUGCCAUACCUACAAUAUUGCUUUGUUGUGUUCAAUGACAAAAAGCUCUAAUCAUGCAGCACUGGUUCGAUGUUUCCAGUUGGCCUUCUCUCUCAGGAAGAUGUCCCUUAACAAAGAAAAUGGUUUGCAGCCAUCACGUAGGAGGUGUUUGUAUACAAUGGCAUCAGCAAUGCUAAUCUUCUCAUCAAAAGUUGGUGAUAUUCCUCAGACCAUUCAUCUUGUGAAAGCAGCAGUUCCGGAGAAAAUGGUUGACCCUCAUCUUUGCCUGAUUGAUGAUACCAGACUUGUUAUUACUUCACGACAAUCAUCUAACGGUGGGAUGAUCUACGGUUCUGAAGAAGAUGAAAAUGAUGCACAUAAUUUUCUUUCUUCUGUAAAUAAAAAUGAUACACAGUUAAAAGAAAUUGUGAUAUCCCACUUCAAGGAGAAGUUUGGAAAUUUAUCAGAGAAGUUUAAUGGUAUAGAAGAGCAGCUUCUUCAAGAGUUUUCCCUGGAUGAUUCAUUCCCUCUUGGUGCUCCACUAUUCAUGGAGACGCCACACUCCUGUUCAACAUAUGCCGAAAAGGAUGACCAUUGUUUUGAUGAGGAAGUCAUUCCUUGUGAGAUGGAUGAUGAUGACGACAUCGUUUUUGAACAUAGUGGAUCUCAGUCUGACAGGAAGACAUCUGGAUCUAUGGCUUCAUCAGAUGUUCUAAACGUCAAUCAACUAAUAGAAUCGGUUCAUGAGACAGCAAGGCAGGUUGCUAACGCCCCAGUUUCUGCCAAUCUUGUACCUUACGAUCAAAUGAAGAGCCAAUGCGAAGCCCUAGUCAUGGAGAAGCAACAGAAGAUGUCUGUUCUCCUGAGCUUCAAACACUCGAGGACUGAUUCCCAUGGCUCGACUGCAGAAAAUGGACAGGAAACAAAUGAGUCAUCUGCUCGGUCCGAGCCUGAGAUGCAAUCGAUGAGGAAGAAUCGCAUGCGACGCAGCGAUUCAGCAUCAAGUGAAUCCGAUCGGUCCUUCAGGCUGCCACCUGCAAGCCCAUAUGACAAGUUCAUGAAAGCGGCUGGACGAUAGGUUGGUGCAAUGGCGCCAAAACCUGAUACUAAUUUCCAAGCCUCUAUACAGAAACGUCUACAGAUACAAGUCUUCUUCCGAGCUGUUUAUUUUCGUUGUUCCUUCUAUUUUUGAUAUUCUUCUGAGUGUAAAUUUCUCGAAAAGUUGUACAAAUUUCUGUUACUGUUGUAGAGAGACCCAAGGUAAUAAAAGUAUAGGCUUUUGUGAAAUUGAUGGAUGAAUCUGUAUUAUAUGUCCAGAGAAUGCAUCAAAAUUUUGCUUUGAAGUUCAGCAAAAUGUAAAAUGUGUCUACACUUUAUUUCUGUCA